AUGGGCCGGCCGAUCGGGGCGAUCGCGGCUCUCGGUCUGCUCUUAGCCCUCGCCGCCGCCCAUCACCUGCCCUGGCACCUCGGGAACGAGCACGAGCCACCAGCCGACGUGCCGACCUUCCAACGCACGGCGGUCGAGAGCCAGCCGGACGACGUGUGGUCCUCCGCCUACGGAUCGGCAAGCUUGCCCUUGAGAUCGGCAGUGGAAUCGGUACCCGAUCAUCCCGAGUCUCGCCGCCAGCAGCUCAGAGAUGCCGUCGAGACUAGCCCCAGGACGUGGUCGAGGAAUCAGCCGUUACGCGAGGCCGUGGAGCGCCGACCAGCGCCUAGUUUCCAGGGGGGCUUCGACCACGAGGCCUUUUGGCUGGAGCAACUAACUCCACCUGCGAUCCGGCACGUCGAUCACCUCAAAAACGUGCUCUGCCACUUCGAGGCCGAGUCCACGUACCGCGAGGAGCCCUUUGCACUACUGCCCCGUGCCCUACCGGCUUACAAGUGCACGCACCUCGUAUACAGCGCGGCAAUCAUCGAUCCUCGAGAGUUCACGGUGAUCCCGCGCGAUCCCGAGUACGACAUCGUCAAAGGUGGGUACAUAGCCGCGGUGGGGCUGCGUCGUCGGGACCCGGCGCUACGAGUCCUCGUCUCUCUAAGCUCCGCCGAUCACGGCCGUGUUUACCGCGAGAUCCUCUCCGCGCCGGAGAAGCGCUUACCGAUCUUCGUGAGCUCGGCGCUCGAGUUUCUCGAGCAGCACGACUUUGAUGGAUUCGAAAUCGACUGGGAGACCGGCAGCGUGGCCUCGCUCAAGCUUUUGCUUCGUCACUUGCGCGGUGCCCUGCGCGAGCGCGGCUACUACCUGGCGGUCGCCCUCAGGCCCGAACAGCUCGCCGACGCCGAGCUCUCCGAGAUGGUCGACCUCUUGGUGCUGCGCUCCUGGCACUCGAGCCGGGAUCCCCAGGUCCUGACGACACCCGCGCCCCUCGACCUCCUCAUCGGCUUCGUCGAGCGGCUGACGAGCGCCGGCGCCCCACCCGCCAAGAUCAUCGUGGGACUACCCCUGUUUGGCUGGUCGUAUCGCAUGGCGAGCAGCGACGAGUCGGACGCGGCCGUGGGAUUCGGCAUCGAUGGACGGUACACGAAACGCAGGGGCCAGCUCGCCUACUACGAGAUAUGCGAGAAAUUGGAGGACCAGUGGCAGUACAAGAGGCACAAGAGCAACGGAUCGUACCUGGUACUGGGCGACCAGUGGAUUGGUUACGACGACCCGUUGUCGAUGAAAAUCAAGGCAGCUUACGCCCGAUCCGCCAGAUUGGGAGGCAUAUCGAUAUACUCGCUCGAUCUGGACGACUUCCAGGGCAUAUGCGGAAACGCGUGGCCAAUGUUCAACGCGGCCGUCAAGACGCUGGGCAUAUUCGACGAGCCGAGGGAAAAGUGCCCGAAAACCGGCCUCUACAGCGACCCCGACAACUGCUCCGGGUUCUUGUCUUGCUUCGACGGUCGGCUCCACCGUGGACCCUGCGGAGUAGGCCGGUUCUACGACCCGGUGCGGGGCCGGUGCGUGGGCGCGCGGCCCGAGGUCUGCAAGCCCGGGCACAGCGACAAGUCCUCGUACGGCAGCUUGGGGCUGGAGCGGCUGCGGCAACGGCAGCGCCACGACAAGCUCGAGUUCGCGGUCGACGGCGAGGACGGGCCGCGGGUCGUUUGCUACCUGACCUCGUGGGCCAUGUAUCGCAAGGGCGAGGGCAAAUUUGUCCCCGAACACAUCGACGCGCGGCUCUGCACUGACGUCGUUUACGCGUUUGCCGGCCUCAACCCGGAAACCCUGAUGCUCCAUCCCUUCGACUCGUGGGCCGACAUAGACAACAAUCUGUACGAGCGGGUGACCUCGAUAGCCGGGCCGCGGGUACUGUUGGCCCUGGGCGGCUGGACCGACAGCGCCGGCGACAAGUACUCGCGCAUGGUGAGCAGCCCCUCGGCCCGUCGGAAAUUUGUCGCCUCGGCCGCGAGUUUCUUGCGCGCCCACAACUUCCGGGGCCUGUCGCUCGAGUGGAACUACCCGGGCUGCUGGCAGAGCGACUGCCGGCGCGGCCCUGAAACGGACCGGCCCAACCUGACGCAACUGCUGGCCGAGCUGCGGGCCGAGUUCGACGCCCACGAGCCGAAACUCGCCCUCGCGGUCGCCAUCUCGGGCUACAAGGAGAUCAUCGACCGGGGCUACGACGUGCCCGAGAUAUCGAGGCUCGUCGAUUUCAUGACCGUCAUGGCGUACGACUACCACGGGGCCUACGAGUCGCGGACCAACCACCUGGCCCCGCUCUUUGCCGUGCCCGAUGACCCCACGCCCCACUACAAUCUGAACUACACGUUGAGUUAUCUGGUGAAACUCGGGGCGGACAGGUCAAAGUUGAUCGUGGACAUACCGAUGUACGGGCAAUCGUAUCGGCUGACGACACCGAGCGAGCACGGGCUCGGGGCCCCGUCGGCCGGUCCCGGCACAGCCGGCGAGUACACGAGGCAGCCCGGUAUGCUCGCUUACCACGAGAUCUGCGACAGACUCGAGAACGACAACUGGCAACUCGGACCUGGCCCGAGCGCUCAUCACAAGAAUCAAUUUGUGAGUUUCGACAAUGCCAAGAGCAUCGCGUACAAGGGCCAGUACGUGCUGAAGAAGAAGUUUGGCGGGGUGGCCGCCUGGACGAUCGAUCUCGACGAUUUUACGAAUCGCUGCUGCCUGGAGGCUUUUCCCCUGUUGCGCAGCAUCAACAGGGCCUUGGGGCGACUCUUGACUCCGGCGCCAUCGCAAAAGGACUGCCAGAAGCCGGUGGAGCCGGUCACGCCGGUCCCGCCGACUCUGACGCCGCACACCGACUCCAACGAUGGAAAACCCAUGCCGAGUCCCACGACUCCCUCGACUAGGCCGACCACCUGGCCCACGUGGACGGAGAGGCCGACGACUCCCUGGCACCAAGGGACCACUACAUUUUCCUGGAUGCCCGAGAGCACAAGUGCCACCACCACCACCACUACGACAAGGUACGCUAGCUUAAAGUCAUUUUACUCAUGUAGGAAACCGCCGGUGAGUCAGACGGGUUCCCUGGCCGGUAUGGCCUGUAAUACCGGCGAGCACCAGUCCGACCCGACAAACUGCGGUACUUUCUACCGGUGCGUGCUCGGUGAGUUCAAGCGCGAGUUUUGCGCCCCGGGAUUGCACUGGGACUCGACGAGGAAGCUCUGCGACUGGCCCGGUGCUGCCAAGUGCCAAGGCCCUUCAAAGCCAGUGACCACAACGACAAAGAGGCCAAUACACGAGGUCACGUCACCUGCGUCGACGACCACGAAAAGGCCAACAACGACGACGACGACGACCCAAAACCCAGGCAACGAGGUAUGCGAGCACGGCCAGUACUACGCGUACCCGGACUCGUGCAGCCACUUUUUGAUCUGCGUCAAUGGCGAUCUCGUGAAACAACAGUGCGGCCCUGGCCUCAACUGGAACGACGGGAAGAACAUGUGCGACUGGGCCUUCAAAAAUCCGUGCGGAAGCAACAAGGCCAAGAAGCAAAAGCACAAGGCCCCCCUCAAACAGUCGGAGGAGGCUCAGAAGAGUUGCACGAGCGGCAAGUACUUGCCGGUGCCGGGCGACUGCGGGAGCUACUACGCCUGCCUGUGGGGCAAGCCCCAGCGAUUCCAGUGCGCGCCUGGGCUCCACUUCAACAAGGCGAGCGGCAUCUGCGACUGGCCCAUCAGGGCCCAAUGCAAGCCCACAUCCACCGGCAGCGAAGAAAUCCCGCCCGACCACGUCGACUCGGACGAGGAGUUUCAAGCUCCAGCCCAGCCGUCCCCUACGCCCGCGACCACCUUGGCACCAGCCGUCGUAGACCCCGACAAAGUCUCGCCCCUCUCCGGGCACUUUAAGAUCGUGUGCUACUUCACGAAUUGGGCGUGGUACCGUCGUGGCUUGGGCCGCUACCUGCCGGAGAACAUCGACCACACGCUCUGCACGCACAUAGUCUACGGUUUCGCGGUCCUCGACUACUCGGACUUGAUAAUCAAGGCCCACGACUCUUGGGCGGACUUUGACAACCGGUUCUACGAGCGAGUCGUGGCGUACAAGAAGCGCGGCCUCAAGGUCAGUCUCGCCCUCGGCGGCUGGAACGACUCCCAAGGCGACAAGUACAGCCGCCUCGUGAACAAUCCAGCCGCGAGGAAGAGGUUCGUCGAGCAGGCCCUCCGGUUCGUCGAGAAGUACGGCUUCGACGGGCUCGACCUUGACUGGGAGUACCCGGUCUGCUGGCAGACGGACUGCGGCAGUGGCCCAAAGUCGGACAAGGAGGGCUUCGCCGCGAUGAUACGGGAACUGAGCGAGGCGUUCCGGCCCCGCGGUCUGUUGCUCUCGUCGGCCGUGUCGCCGAACAAAAAAAUCAUCGACGCCGGCUACGACGUGCCGGCCCUCGUCAAGUACUUCGACUGGAUAGCCGUGAUGACUUACGACUACCACGGCCAGUGGGACAAGAAGACGGGACACGUUGCCCCCAUGUACUACCACCCCAACGACGACGUGUACUACUUCAAUGCCAAUUACACCAUCAACUACUGGAUCUCCAAGGGCGCGCCGCCGAGGAAACUGAUCAUGGGUAUGCCGUUGUACGGACAAUCCUUUUCGAUGAACGAUCCGAGCGCUGGCACGGAUUUGAACGUACCGGCGAGUGCCGGCGAGGCGGGCGAGUUCACCAAGGCCGCGGGUUUCCUCGCCUACUACGAGAUCUGCUACCGGAUAAGGAACAAGGGCUGGCAGGUGGUCCAGGAUCCGGAGCGUCGCAUGGGCCCGUUCGCCUACAAGGGCAACCAGUGGGUCAGCUUCGACGACGCCGACAUGAUUAGGCAGAAGGCGCAGUUCGUCAGGGACAUGAACCUAGGUGGGGCCAUGGUCUGGGCACUGGAUCUCGAUGACUUUACGGGCAGGUGUGGCGAGGGUCCGCAUCCCCUGAUGCACACUCUCCAGCAGGUUCUCGCCGAGCCGCCCAACAGCCACGACAGGCCGAUAGCUCCGCCACACGUGGGACAAGAGUUGGAGUGGAUGCCGGCGAAGGUUCCGCUGUCAGGUAGCAGCGCGCCUCUGAUGUUGGAGAAAGAGGACGAGUACAAGGUAGUUUGUUACUUCACGAACUGGGCGUGGUACAGGCAGGGCGAGGGCAAAUUUCUUCCCGAGGACAUAGACGCCGAUCUCUGCAGCCACAUAAUCUACGGUUUCGCGGUCCUCGACGGCUCGACUCUUACGAUCAAGACUCACGACUCUUGGGCCGAUAUCGACAACAAAUUCUACGAGAGAGUGGUGGCGUACAGAGCCAAGGGUAAAAAAGUCCUCGUCGCGAUCGGAGGCUGGAACGACUCGGCGGACGACAAGUACAGCCGGCUGGCCAACAAUCCGUCAGCCAGGCAGCGUUUCAUCGCCAACGUGUUGCAGUUCAUCGAGAAGUACGGCUUCGACGGGCUCGACCUCGACUGGGAGUACCCGGUCUGUUGGCAGGUGGACUGCACGAGGGGCCCAAAAUCGGACAGGGACGCCUUUAGCAAACUGAUCGUCGAGCUGAGCAACGAGUUCAAGCCUCGCGGUCUGUUGCUCUCGUCGGCCGUGUCGCCGAACAACCGAGUCAUCACCGAGGGCUACGACGUGCCGGUGCUCGCCCAGCACCUCGACUGGAUAGCCGUGAUGACUUACGACUACCACGGCCAGUGGGACAAGAAAACGGGACACAAUGCUCCGUUUUACGCUCGUCCCGACGACUGGGAGCCAACCUUCAACGCUAACUACUCGAUUCACUAUUGGCUGGAACGCGGUGCGCCCCCGAAGAAGUUGAUCAUGGGUGUUCCACUGUACGGUCAGAGCUUCUCCCUCGCCGAGAGCAAACAGAAUGGACUCAACGCCCUAACUUACGGUGGUGGUGAAGCCGGGGAUGCCACCAGAGCCCGUGGUUUCCUCUCUUACUACGAGAUAUGCCAGAGAACCCUCAAGCGGGGCUGGACGGUGGUUCAAGAUCCUGAGAGGCGGAUUGGACCUUACGCCUAUAAGGGCGACCAGUGGGUCAGUUUCGACGACGCGGAGCAGGUCAGGCGCAAAUCCGAGUUCAUCAAGGAGCUCGGACUCGGUGGUGGCAUGGUCUGGGCCCUCGAUCUCGACGACUUCAAGAAUUACUGCGGCUGCGAACCCAGUCCUCUCCUAAGAACCAUGAACCGUGUUCUAGGAAGAUACCCUCCAGGACCGUUGUGCCAAGUGACGGACUCAGCCUUAGCUGAACCAGCCCCAGGAACGACCGCAAAACCCUCGACCGCUGUUACCGCUACUUCUCCGGGGAUGGAAGCAACCACGGAGGACGAUACGGACACGGUGGAAGUCGAGGCGGUUGACGGUCAACCGCCGGUCAUGAACCCCAUCGGCGACUGUCACAACCACCUGUUCAUCCCGCACAAGAAGGACUGUCGCAAGUACUACCUGUGCAACUUUGGCCAGCUGACCGAGCUCACCUGUCCGAAUGGACUUGUCUGGAACGAGGACCACUGCGAUUGGCCGAUGAAUACCAAGUGCAACGUCCCCACGCCUGGCUCGCCCGAUGGGGACAACCAACUCAUCAGUAGUACCAGCACACCGUCAUCGUCGCCAUCGUCGUCCAGUAGCCAGCCAACCGCCACGCUUCCCACAAUCUCCACCACCACCGAACACCACCAUCCUGUGGAAUCAACACCGGGUGGGCCGACGUUCGGUGGCCGCAAGCUGGUGUGUUACUUCACGAACUGGGCGUGGUACAGACCGGGAGCGGGCAAGUAUCUGCCAGAGGACAUAGACCCAAGCCUCUGCACGCACAUCGUCUACGGAUUCGCGGUCCUCGACUACGAGGGCCUCGUCAUCAAGAUGCACGAUUCCUGGGCCGACGUCGACAACCGGUUCUACGAGCGCGUGACGGCUCUGACGAAGAAGGGCAUCAAGGUGCUCAUCGGUCUCGGAGGCUGGAACGACUCCCAAGGCGACAAGUACAGCCGCCUCGUGAACAAUCCAGCAGCGAGGAAGAGGUUCGUCCAGGACAUAUUGCGCUUCAUCGAGAAACACGGCUUCUCCGGCCUCGACCUCGACUGGGAGUACCCAGUCUGCUGGCAGGUCGACUGCGGCAGUGGUCCAAAGUCGGACAAGCAGGGCUUCUCGGAGUGGGCGCGCGAACUGAGCGAGGCGUUCCGGCCGCGCGGGCUUCUCCUGUCGGCGGCCGUGUCGUCGAGCAAGCGCGUCAUCGACCACGGCUACGACGUGCCCAAACUGGCCAGCUACCUCGACUGGAUAGCCGUGAUGGCGUACGACUACCACGGCCAGUGGGACAAGAAGACGGGCCACCUGGCCCCCCUGUACUACUAUCCUGGUGACGACUACGACUACUUCAACGCCAACUUUUCGAUGCGCUACUGGAUAUCGAAGGGCGCGCCGGCGCACCGGCUGGUCAUGGGCACGCCGAUGUACGGCCAAAGCUUCACACUGGCCCAACCUGGGAACAGUGGACUUCAGGCGCACGCCCCUGGGCCCGGACAAGCCGGCGAGUUUACCCGGGCCGCCGGCUUCUUGGCUUUCUACGAGAUCUGCAGCAAAGUCAAGCGCGACGGCUGGACGGUCGUCAAAGAUCCGGAAGGUCGAAUCGGCCCGUACGCCACGAGGGGUGACCAAUGGGUUGGCUACGAUGACGUAUCUGACGUUGCUAGAAAGGCUAAAUUCAUCAGAGAUUUGGACCUGGGCGGCGGUAUGAUCUGGGCGCUGGAUUUAGACGACUUCCGCAACAGUUGUGGCUGCGGCAAGUACCCGCUGCUGAACGCACUCGCGCGUGGGUUACGCGGCGAGUACGAUCAAAUACAAGACUGCACGUAAUUUUUAUUUUCUCAUCUUUCUCUUUUUUAUAUGCGCGUAUAGGUAUCAUCGUGUGCCGAUGGCUAUAAAGAAAAAAAUAGUGUGUUGCCGCUUCUUAACCUUUGCUCCAAUCAAUUCUUUUUGUCACGUUGCACAUGGGGUUUACUCGUGCACGACGAGAGUCAUUGCACACUAUUUGUGCCUAUGGAUUAAAAAAUCCUUGUAACAGUCGAUCAUUGAAAAAAGUGUAUCAAUCGAUGUGGUGAUUUUUAUUAUUCGUUUUAUACGUAACAAAGUGCCGGUCAACACAAUCAAAUUGAAAUAUUUAAUUAAAAACAUUUAUAAACAACAGUUGUUGUUACGCUCAAGAUCCACAAAUAAAGAAGUAUGGGCAAA